CGCCCCCUGGUGUCUGUAGGGGGAGAAGCACCGGCCAGCACUGUACCACAUCAGUUUGAAGAUGGCGGAGGGUGAAUUGAACGUGGACAGCCUCAUCUCUCGGCUCCUGGAAGUACGGGGAUGUCGCCCGGGGAAGAUAGUCCAGAUGACUGAGGCGGAGGUGCGGGGCCUCUGCAUCAAAUCCAGGGAGAUCUUCCUCAGCCAGCCCAUCCUGCUGGAGCUUGAGGCACCCUUGAAGAUCUGUGGUGACAUCCAUGGGCAAUACACAGAUCUGCUGAGGCUGUUUGAGUACGGUGGUUUCCCUCCAGAGGCAAACUACCUUUUCCUGGGCGACUACGUGGACAGAGGGAAACAGUCCCUGGAAACCAUCUGCCUCUUGUUGGCCUACAAGAUCAAAUACCCAGAGAACUUUUUCCUGCUCAGGGGCAACCACGAGUGUGCUUCCAUCAACCGCAUCUACGGUUUCUACGAUGAGUGCAAGCGCAGGUUCAACAUUAAGUUGUGGAAGACCUUCACUGACUGCUUUAACUGCCUCCCCAUUGCUGCUAUCAUUGAUGAGAAGAUCUUCUGCUGCCAUGGAGGGCUAUCGCCUGAUUUGCAGUCAAUGGAGCAGAUUCGCAGGAUCAUGAGGCCAACAGACGUGCCUGAUACAGGCUUGCUGUGUGACCUUUUGUGGUCAGACCCAGAUAAGGACGUACAAGGCUGGGGAGAGAACGACCGUGGGGUCUCCUUCACCUUCGGGGCAGAUGUGGUCAGCAAGUUCCUAAACCGCCACGACCUGGACCUCAUCUGCAGAGCCCACCAGGUUGUGGAGGAUGGAUAUGAGUUCUUUGCCAAACGCCAACUGGUCACACUGUUCUCUGCUCCAAACUACUGUGGGGAGUUUGACAAUGCAGGCGGCAUGAUGAGUGUCGACGAAUCCCUCAUGUGCUCCUUCCAGAUCCUAAAGCCCUCAGAGAAGAAGGCCAAGUACCAGUACGGCGGUGUAAAUUCUGGUCGGCCUGUCACCCCUCCCCGCACCACCCAAGCCCCCAAGAAGAGGUGAACGUACAGCCUUGGCUCGCCCCCCUCCUUCUCCCCCUGUCCGUCCCUGGUCUGCCAUCACGGCAACCCCUGUAACUCCCCUGUAUAGUGAAGAUACAGGGCUUAUCUAAUUGCCCAAAUCUUUCUCCCCUACUCACCCACCCCCUCCCCAACUCCACUGACAGCUCUUUUCUUAAUGUGUAUGUGUACAUAAAUUUGCUGUGAUCAAUCUGUUUUGUUUUUUUUUUUUUGUUGUUUUUUUGCCUGUUUGUUGGUAUUUUUGAUAUUAUUAACAGAUAAUCUUUUUUUUUUUUGUGGUUUUACUUCCAAUGCCAUUUGAGGUUUUCUGAGGUUCUGUGUCGUGUAAGGAAAAGCCUUCUCUGCGUAGAGCGGCUGACUUAGAGGAAUUUCUUUUCAGUUUAACUAAAAACACAGUCGAGAUUGAUUGUUUGCCUUGACCUCUCGGAAAAGCGAAGCGAGUCCUUCCAGCGUGUUGUUAAAUGAGACUGAGGUUUUCUGUGCAAUGCUAAAUCCGUAGACACAAAUAACAGUUUAACAGUUUGAACACAUUACAGCGUAUGCGGUGCACUUGCGGUUGUUGGUGCAGGCGCACGUUUUAUAUAUUUAACCAGAGAAAAAGUGCAUGUCCCCACGAGUGGCGAAGAAUGUGAAGAGACCGGUUUGAAUGAAGUAUAGAGGCUAAAUUGGAUGCUGCUGGCAGUGGACACGCUCUCCCCGAACACAACGCCCUCUGGGCAUCCAUUCCUCCACUCUGUUAUGCCUCCCUGUGCCUCGACUCCACACCCACACAAAAACAUGCCGCUCCUCACACAGAGCUGGCAUUGACCAUGUUCCUGGGUCUAUUUAUUAUUUGUUCUCAUCAAGUUAAUACCCCGUUAUAAUCCUCCUGAUAUGAAGUGAGGACAUUUUCUUAAUGUCCACACACACUAACGGUCAGUAUUUCACCUGCGGACAUACUGGAGAUAUGGUGUAGAAGAAGUGCUUAUAAAAAUGGCCGCUCCUAAUCUUUGUAUGAAGAAGCAGUGAAGGAUAGAAAAUAUCUAACAGCACAGGUUGCAAUGUAUUUUAUAUAAGCCGUACAGUGUUGAAAUGACCAAAUAAAUACAAUGCAAGCUUCAUAAAAUGCUCCACAGUAUUUCAUUUGUUUAGUGCUGUUUAUAGAGCACACAACAACAACAACACAAUGAAGAAAGUUUGCUUUUGAAAGCUUUUAAAAAAUGCCAGCGAUCCUCCUGUCACAUCACCCAAUCUGUUCUGGUACAGAGUAUGAAAACUGUGGAGGAGUCAGGAGUGGGCGGCAGAACCAAGACGUUAUGCUGUGUGAUAGUGACGCCACCUGGUGUAUGAACACAGUAGUGCAGUGCAAAUCAGAUGUGAAUUUCAAACAAGCUCGCAAUGGGCUUUUGAUUCUGUUGCCAGUGCAAAAUGUUGUCAUUCACCACGAGGAGGAUGAGGAGGAGGUACUGGCAGGUGACGAUGCAGUCGACCCUUUGUGGAAAACAGUUGCCUCUUUUCUUUCUUUCUUUUUGCUCUUUGUGGUAUUAUUCUUUCUGUUGUAUUUCUAUGUUCUCUAUUCACAUUGUUUACUUUUUGUUCACUUAAUUUAUUUCCUAAUACUGAUGAUAAUACGAAAACAAUGAGGUGUUACCAAAAGCUGUUUUGCAAUUUGUACAAGUUUGUUUGAAAGUCUAUAAAUUCAAUAAAAUUGAUGGAAACCAA